AAAGUUUGAAAUGUGAAUAGCUUUAAAUAAGCGCGCACAUUCGUACAGUGUCUUGCUCUGUUCACGGGACUACUUAAAUUACUGAGACGUAAUUGUUUAAUAUUUUGAUUCGUUUUGUUGUUUUACCCCACGGGUCCUUUAAGUGUCGAGUAAACAGGUUUGGCAGGUGUAUCGGAAGUGUUCACUUUUUACUUCACUUACCUGCGCUAGGUGAGAGUGCCUAAAAGUCGACUUGAAACUUCGAGAAGUCUCCGACUGUGGCAAAGAAAGAGCACUUCUACCCAAAAUGAAUAACCCAAUACCUGCAAACCUCAAGUCUGAGGCCAAGAAGGCUGCUAAGAUUCUCAGAGAGUUCACUGAAAUAUCCAGCAGGAUGGGACCUGACAAACUUAUCCCAGCCCAUGUCAUUGCCAAGGCUCAGGGUCUGGCCAUCUUGUCUGUUUUUAAAGCGGGUUUCAUGAUCACCGCGAGGGGCGGCAGUGGAAUAGUCAUCUGUCGACUCGCUGACGGGAGGUGGUCUGCUCCUUCAGCCAUUGGGAUUGCCGGACUUGGUGGAGGAUUUGAGAUUGGGUUGGAGGCAUCAGAUUUUGUCAUUAUCUUGAAUGAGAGGAGAGCUGUGGAUGCUUUCAGUAAAGGGGGAAAUCUCACACUGGGUGGAAAUUUCACUGUUGCUGUUGGCCCUGUUGGCAGGAAUUUGGAAGCAGACGUGGCGGUUCGCAGCACAGCGGCUGUUUACUCCUACUGCAAAUCUCGCGGCCUUUACGCCGGCGUGUCUCUCGUCGGUUCUUACCUCAUCGAACGCAAAGAUGCCAACCGAAAGUUUUAUGGGCAGGAGAUUCGUGCUUCUGCGAUUCUCAACGGAGAUGUGGAACCUCCACCCGAGGCAUACGACCUGUAUACCGUUUUGGAGGACUACAGAGAGAAAUACGCCUCCGACUGGCAGGGCAAAUUUAUGCGCCCCAUCGUAGACAAGCAGAUGAAUUCAGCACCAUCUAGACCAAGACCCCCUACACAGAAACCUGCCCGCCCUUACACACCAAAACAAGAGACUUCUUCGGCAGUUAAACCUACUCUUUACCCCAGUUUGAACAACUGGGACAGCUGGGAUACCCAAAGCUCAGGUCAAGCAUCCGGUGGCGCUCUAAUGGCAACAGCCGUGCACCCAUUUACAGGUCAGCAGCCCGGAGACCUAAGCUUUGCUGUAGGCGAUCGCAUCACUGUUAUUACCCAAACUGACUCUCAGUAUGACUGGUGGGAGGGUGAACUGAGAGGAAAGGUGGGGAUCUUUCCAGCCAAUUUUGUGUCCUUAAGCUGAGAGUGCUUAAAAUGGCAGGUGAAUGUCAGGUUUUGAAGGCUCCUUUUGUUCUUCACAGCGUGAAACGAAGUAUUGAAUGAAGAUGUAUAUUUAUAGAAACACUGAAAUGUGUUUCUAAGAAUAUAAAUAUAAACUCAAAAUGUGGUUUUUAACUUGUUCAUGUUGGCAGUUACUGGUUUAUGGGUUCACCUUUCUUAAACUUGACUUGGAGCGUAUGUUACCCUCUAGUUAAUUUAUUUCUUUGUCUAUAAAGAGUAUAUUUUUUGUUUUGCUAUAGGUGGGAAUCAUAUUAUAACACAGUUGUAGUUUCAUUUUAUCCAGACAUAGUAAUUAUGAUUGAAACACAUUGAAAUGAGAGGUAUGGUAUUUGAAGUGUAAGUCCACAAUGUAUUACUAUUGGUGAAUGCAGGAACGGGCACAAAACUGCUUUACUGCCUGUGCUGUUUUUUGUGUAAUGCACUUUUUUUGUACAAAAGAAGCAGUUUUAUAGGUGCAUCCAUUUUGUUGUAAAUGGUCUAUCCUCUUAAAUAAUGACAUUUUUUAAGGUUAUUUACUGAUAUUUGCACAGAUGUUAAUCAAGCAGUUGAUUGUAUUUUGUACUGUUUUAGUAAGUGUCUAAUUUACGUAAAACUGUUCUAAUAAAGAAAAUCUUUGGUUUUUUGUAA